GCAAACGCAUUCAACACAGACUGCAUGUGGUCGUUCCUUGAAAUUUAUUUAGUUUUUGUAUUAAAUAUCUGACGUUGCCAUCGGUAACGAGAACUAUAUUAUUCAAUUCAUUUUAAUAAAUGUGUACGUGCGUUAUUGUGUAGUUAAAUUGUGAUGGCCAAGAAAAUUCCAUUUAAUGUGGUAUUUGCCACAGAUGAGGACGCUGCUUUUCCGGCCAGCGAACUGAAUACACAUGGACCCACAGUGCAUGGCUGGCGCAGUGCCGCGGGAAGCGAAGUCGGCACCCACGACAUUAUAUUGCGAUUUCAUCAGCCGGCCAAAAUCUAUCGCAUUCAACUUUUAGCCCACCAGUAUUUAAUACCGGAAAAAGUCGAGCUUUGGCUGCACUACUCGCCCAAGUCACUGCCCAGCACACCGUCGUCACAGUACUUUGAUUUUCUCGGCUUUGUUGCGCUCCAGGACAAUGCCAACACCAACUACAAAUCUCGGGAGCUUCAAAGCGUUACGGUCACUCCCAGACGUGGCACGCAUCUCAAAUUGCGACUGAUUGGUGCCCAUUGUAAUGAGUAUAACACAAGCGGACAGAUUGCCUUAAUGGCGGUCAAUGUGCUCGGUGAGGAUUUGGAAUCCGCUGCCAUUAUCAACAUGGGCGAGGAGCAGCAGCCCAGCGAAUCACCGCCUAUAGACACCGCCACUGGAGAAUUGGCACUCGCAUCCCUCUGUGAUGAUCUCUUGUUUUCCAUGUACGUGGAGGAGUCAAUUGUGCAGCACAUACGGGAGCUGGAGCAGCGCAAGAUGCAGGCGGUCAGCUCCGAGAGAUUUGAAUAUGCCCGCAAGCUAAAGCUCUGCAUGACGGCACUGCGAACAGCGGGAGAGCGUCUUGGGCGAUAUGCGCUGGCCAAGCGACAGGCAGUGCAUCAGGAGGACUUCAGUGCAGCCAAGCUGCGCAAGGAACAGAUUGAAAUGUAUCGUGAGUGUGUGCUGAAGCAGCUCCAUGUGCAGCAGCUGCUCGAGAGCGAGGGAGUGCUAAGCCAGAAUGAUCAGAGCUGCGAGGUGUAUGCUGGCGGCAAACCCACCCUUCCGCCCGCUCCGAGUCUACAGGAUGUGGCACAUGCCUUGGCAGAGGCGACAAUCACUCCCAGCUCUGCCAGCGUGCCAAAUGAGAAGCCCCUAAACGAUGCCAGCACCAGUGAAAGCGUGGGAGCCAUUGCCGCAUCGGCUGCUGCACUGCAUCUGCAUGCCAAAUCUCAUGAUGAGCUGCCACAAUCACCGAGGCUACCAAUGGCAUCGCGACACAGCUCUCCGAUGUCCAGCAGGCAGGGAUCUCUGAGGCGACGCAAUAAGAGCGCUCCGAGGAACUCCUAUGAGGAUUACGAGGAACGCGCCAUUCCCACACUGAGGCAGGAGUGUCAGGGUAAUGCGCUGCUCGAAGCAGAUCCGAAUCGCAGUCGCUCGCGGCUAAAUGAUCGCGAGCGUCGUCAGGCAGCGCUGCCUAUACUCGUCUUUGGAAGUGAACUGGUUGAGCAGUUUUAUUCGCGACAGUUUCAGGAUCGUGAGGAUGGACUUAUGCGCCUGCGCAACUUUCUCAAGGAGCAGGAAAUAGUGGAUGCGGAAACAAAUGAGCAUGCGGCAAGUCCAAAUAAGGUGGCACGCAGCGCUGCUCUGUUGUUGCAUCGUGCCGUCCGUGAUGCCGUGUACUCCGUGUUUAACCAGGCCACCGAAACUGUGCGCGUCUUGUUCCUCGAGUAUGUGCCAGGACGUGUGUCGCCCAAUGAAGUGGCACGUUGCGUGGAUCGCCUGCUGCCUGAGCUGCUUGCCAAGUCGGGUGAUCCCUCGGCACGUCUGCAUACACUGGCCCAGCACACCAUACUCAGCAUUGCCGCCUGUCCGCAGGUCGCCGAGCAGCAUCUGGUGGCGCCAGCACUUUCGCGCAGUGUAGGAUCAGGAACGCAUCAACGCCUUGCCAUGAGCCGGCUGCAAAUGCUCGAGCAACUCGUGCACACACAGGGCAUUAGCACGGAUAAGCAUAGUGGACUUACCUGUCGUGCUCUGUCCGACUGCGGCUGCUCCGGCAUACAUCAUCCAGCCGAGCCUGUGCGCAAGGUUGCUGAACGGAUACUGCUGCUGGUCUACAAGGUGAAUCCACGUCUUGUGCGCAAGCAGCUGCCUCCAGAUGAUGACAUCACCCGUCGCAAUCUGCUCUACCGUCAGCUCUUCACCGAGUUCGAUAAGCUGGACUUGGAGCGAAAGCAGGAGCUGCUAGAAGCCAAUAAAUUCAAUUCCAGUAAUGAUACAGAUUUCCUGCAGCCGACAACCAGCACAGAUGCAUCUCGCUUGCUGAAGAGCAAAACAGGUCAUCCGGUUGGCAACGACAAUGGCUAUGUGAGCUGCAAUGGCAAGCAGCAGUACAAUGAGCAACUGAAGCGCUCCAUGCUAUCAGCCUCCAACUCGCGCAAAGGCUCCGUCUCCAACUCCGAGUCCACUGAGGAGACAACGCCCAAAAUAAGCUGUCCAUUUUGUGGCUGGUGCUGCACAGGCAAUGAUGCAAGUCAAUUGGAUCGUCACUAUUGGAAGACUUGUCCCUUUCUCACCAAGUGCCCACAAUGCAGUCAAGUCCUGGAGGUUGCUGCUCUCAACUAUCACUUGACGACGGAGUGUGAUGCCAAAGAUAACUACGUGGUCUGCACCCGCUGUACAGAGUCAGUGCACAAGCAGCUCUAUGAGCUGCAUCAAAUGGAGGACUUUUGUCGUGAACUGAAAACGGGAGCUGCUCGCUGCCCACUGUGCCAUGAUGACGUAAAUCUGCCUUUAGAUGGAGGUUGGAAACUACAUCUCUUGAGCACCGGCGGCUGUCCAGGCAAUAUACGUAAACGGAAUCUAAAGAAAUAAAACUUAGUGAAUCCCUUUAGAAGACAGCUAAAAGUCAUAUUAUUAAAGCAACAUUAUAAUCUUGAGGCUAUUUAGCGUAAUUUAAAUCAAUUUUUGUUAAACACAAUUAUUUUAUACACAUUUUGUUAAGUGACAUCAUUUAUCCAUUAGAUUUUGUUAAACUUUAUACUAGUAUAUAUGUUUUGUACGCAAUGUGAUUUGUUAACUAUACAUAACACGAAUUUCGAAACGUCCUACAAAUAAUAAAGCCCAUCCAAACUAA